AUGGCGACUCCAAAGUUUAGCUCCAAGUCACCUACGAUUCGACGUAUACUUCGCGAAGCAGCUGAAAUAUCCAAUUCACCAUCCGCCGAUUACACAGCCGAGCCUCUCGAGUCCGACCUCUUCGAAUGGCACUUUACACUCCGAGGGCCUCCCAACUCGGUUUACAGUAAUGGAAUCUACCAUGGCCGUAUAGUUCUACCUCCUACUUAUCCCCUUCGACCGCCUUCUUUCCGUUUCAUGACUCCAAGUGGUCGUUUCGAGGCCAACCGUGAAAUUUGCUUGAGUAUCAGUGGCCAUCAUGAGGAGACGUGGCAACCCGCGUGGGGAGUUAGGACAGCUCUAGUGGCACUUCGAAGCUUCAUGGAAACAGACGCCCGCGGUCAACUAGGCGGCCUUGAGACAACCGAUGCUGUGCGCCAACGGCUUGCCAACGAGUCAUCAGCAUUUAAGUGUUCAGCAUGCGGCAAGACAAACAGUGAAAUCAUUCAGGAAUGCGAAGAGCGAGCAAAGGAAGCAUCGUCCAGCGCCCAAGAAGUUGAAGUGCCCAAAGAGCUGAACAUGGGAUGGCGAGAUGAAAUAGGCGCCAAGAAAGAAGGUGAAAACAAAACUGAACAAACCAAUGAUGAUGCCGAGACAGCUCAACUUGCAGAAGGGUUUGUCCAAACUGCACCGGAUGUUGGUUCUACUGGUGAUAACACUCCGGCCCCUCAACCACAAUUUGACAACCGGAACCCCACUCCAACCCGAACAAUCCCCCUCCCGGCCCCGGCCCCGGCCCCGGCGGCCCAAGCACCGGUCCAUGCGCCGAUUGCAGCACAGGCUCAACAAGCACGAAGGGCGUCUGACGAUGGUGUUCCUUUGUGGCUAGAUCGUGCCAUUGUUGUGUUGGUUGUGCUUCUAGUGGCCCUUGUGCUCAAGAUUAUCUUUGCUGUGUGA